AUGUCUCAAACUCAACUCAAACUUUACUACAUACUAACAUAUAAUAGAAAUAGUGCGAGAGCUGGAAGGCUAGAUCAAGAUGGUGCCGAGCCUUCCGGCAACUCUGUUUCGGCCCAUAAUCUUUCCCGUCUGGCGGCACAUUCUGGAGCCUCCCACGAACAAUUGUCGCCCCAACAGAGACACAGGAGCAGUUCUUCAGGAGGCAAAAGAGUCACAAUCGGGGAACCGGAGGCCAUCAAAGCCAGAAAGAUUUUGGCCGCCUUUUCACACAGAUUGGAAAGGGCGCCUGUCGCCCUUCCGGAGAUGACGAGCGCCUUGGCUUUGGCGCACGAUUCACACACUCAGAUUUUGAUAGCUGGUCGAAAAGAUGACCCCAGAACGAAAGCGCUCCUCAAAGUAGUCAGAUCCAAAUUAAUACCAGGACGAGUACUUGCUUUAGCAGAUCCUGCCUUGGACAGUGAAUCUUGUAGUUCGACAUCGACGCAGGAAGAAUGUCCUUUGACUUCUAGGAUAAAACCAAUCAAUGGGAGAUCUGCAGCUUAUGUGUGUAGGGGUAGACGUUGUGCUUUGCCAGUCACAGAACCUGAAGAUUUAUCUAAACUUAUUGAUGAAACUGACCGAGAUCAUGAUCAUGGUCAACAAAGGCAGCAAGAAAGAGCCGGUAGUCAUGCUCGUGGCGAAUAAAUUAAUUUAAUCGAUUAAAAAUUGGUUAAAUAUUUAUUUAUAAGUGCAAAAAAGGCGUAAGUGAUUUUUUUUUGAUUUUGAUACAGGUGGAAUACUCUUUGGCUUUCUA